AUGUUGGAAGGGGAAAGUUCAAAAAAUAGCACCGUUGGAGAAAGUCGAAUAUGUGGAAUUGAGAAAGUCAUUGCUGAUGCAGUUCGUGGUACUACAUCUAAGCAGGGCUCCUCUAAAGUCAUGAAAGCUAACUGCCAGGAUAAAAACAAGUUUGUAUCAGGUCAUAAUGAUCCAAUAAGCAUUCCAAGUUAUACAGUUGGAGAGUUAAAAAAGGAAGUGGUAGAAGCAAGGUUCUUUCUGCAUGAUAAGUUACAAAGAGACGUGAUCUCAUCUGGCAUUUUGGAAGGUCAUAGCUCAGAUCGCAGUGACUCAUAUUUUGAAGAUGAGUCACUGGGUUCAAUUGACGAAAAUUCCAUUGCAGUGAAGUUCCUGGCUUCUCUAGAUCUCGAGCAAGGUGAGCCUCGCAAUAAUGUUGUGACUUUGGCAUCUGAGCAUGCGACAGUAGAGGCAACUGGUUUUGGGGAAAGCACAUCUGUAGCAGUAUAUGCUUUAAAAAAGAUGGUCAGUGGACUUUCCAAAAGGGAAACUGAACUCAUGUUCGAUGAAAUACUUGAAGAAUGUUUCAACAUGGAGAAAAAAACCUGCAUUGAUGUUGCAUGAACAAACUGAGGGACUUUGCAAAGAUCAGUUAUGUGAGAUAGGACAGAAGGCUUUGACUGGUGGAUGGUUUGUUUCAGAAGAAGCUGUUCUUCUUGCCCACCAUAAUGGAUCCUGUUCGUACUACGACAUAACUAAUUAUGCGAUGAAACUUCAAACUUUUAAUAUUUAUAGACAUCUUUUAUUACUAGAUUUUCUGGUAUAUACUAAUAUACUUUUCCAUGUAUUAGUUCAAGGCUGAAUAGAAACCACCAUUGGGUGCG